AUGGCAAGCAACAGCUACAACAACGAUGACGAGUACCGCAAGGCUCAUGGACUGCUGAAUAAGAGCUGGGUCCCCGGUCCAGUUCUUGGUGCUGGAGCCUAUGGAGCGCCACAAAUCUGGCUGAAACAGGACGAGAGCGGACGGAUCAUUGACCGUGUUGCGAUGAAGGACACAGAGUCGCCGCACUACCAGGACGUGGGCAGGAGCUAUAAAAUACCUAAUGAGGUUUUUGCACCUCUCAAAUUACAACAUCUGCCGGGCGGAAACAAUGUGGUGAUGGUACGAAGCUGGCGUCAGGACGAAAGGAUUCGAAAGGUCAGAAUAUACACAGAGUACUGUCCACAGGGCACUCUGAGCAGUUUGAUCAAGGACUAUCAACUACGGUACGGAGUAGCUACGACGGUGCAGCAAAUCAAUGAUGCUGAAGUCCCGGAAGCUUUCUGCUGGCACGCGCUUUGGUGCCUGACCCAAGUAGGCCUACUGAUGGAACGGGGAGCCGUACACAAGCGAGACGUCCCCCAAGGAACCUGGCCCCUGAUAGUACAUCGUGACAUCAAGCCUGACAACAUCUUUCUUAGCGGGAACCAAGGUUUCCAGUGGAGAGGCUACCCGACAACGAAGCUAGGAGACUGGGGCUUGUCGGUACUAUACGCGAACGGAGAGUGUAGUGGCCGUGGGCAAGGACUUUUGAGCGAUUACCGCUUCUCGCCGCCAGAGGUACGACAGCCUGCAAUGGGUUAUCUUGAGGGCCUUGGACCACCGCAUCGGUACCCAGCCAGGCUGACGUCUCGGACGAAUGUCUGGGCGGUCGGCUUACAGAUCUGGAGUUUGAUGCAAAUGGAGAACGGAGAUCAUUCGAUGGACGAGGGCAAGCGAGACUGGCAGGAAACGCAAGAUCCAACUCCCUUCCGCGUGGGCGCAGUCAACAAGUAUAGCACUCAACUGAGAGGUCUGGUCAUGGACUGUCUCCGAUACCUGCCCCACGAACGUCCCAGCUUCGAAGAUAUCUACAAUGAAAUCCUCAUGGACACUCUCAGUCCUCGCAAAGCAGAAGUUAAUCGACUGCGAGAAAGCCCACCAGAAGAUCUCGGCUUCCGACUCUUCUACAAAAGAGAAGGGUAUCCGCUACGAAGUAUGCUCUACGACGAAGCUCGCAAUGACCCCAACUUCUACAACCAGAUCGCGCCACCUCCCUCGCCACCUGUCUUAGCACCCACGACCGCAGAGCAAGCAGACAGCGUUGAUGAACUAGAUGGAGGGCUAGAAAGCUUACCAAUGCUGUUCCCUCCCCAAGACGACCCCUCAGAAGAAGAGAAAGCCGAGCGAAAACGUGCAGCCAGAGCCGCAUGGAAGUUGGCGGAGCAGAAGCGGAAGAGAGCAAGAGCUGCAGAGCAAGUGACACACAUCCAGGCCAGGCACAAACUUGACCAGCAAAGGAGGCAAGAGGCACAGCAACAGGGCAAGAGCUCUUCGCUUAUGCCGCCGGCUUGGUCACCACUGACCCCUAAUGACUUUGGCCGACCACCAGCUUCUGGAGCGAAGAGGAAGGCUACUAAUGAAGAUCUAAUGGAGGGGCUGGAGAUGGAGCAGAAGAUGCCCGCGAUGCCGAAGAAGGCGGCGAGGAAUCGGGGACGGCGAAGGGAGCGAAGUGCGGACCCUGGGGCGAGUAAUAGUGCUGCAAGCUGGAGACCGGGGAGAGGGGUGUAG